UGUAAAAUAAUAAAAACAUUAAAAUUUCAGUCUAUAUAUUACAUGCAGUUUCUUCCCGGACACAUAGCAUUAUCCAAUCAAAUAAUGACAACUCCUUUCCAUAAGCUUUCGAAAGUGAGCCAAUCAGAAAGCACAACUGCGGUCCUUCCUACACACGACUCCACCGAAUAAAUACCCAUAUUGUAAGCGUUAAAACUUACUGUUCGCACACUGACACAGACACACACCCCCGUUCUCACGUCUUCUGCGUUUUGCCACCCUCUACAGGCAAUUGCCUCGCACUGUAAUGUGUGUAAUUUUGAAUACAUAUACAUAAACACACACACACACACAUGCAUUCAUAAAGUUAUGUUUAUUUCAUCGUGACGCCUGACUGCCGUCAACCGGAAGUUUUUACUGUUAUGCAGUGUGAUUACAUAUUUUUGACGAAUGCUCCUUUGAUUCAGUGAAAAGCUGUGGAUGCUUCAUGGUUGGCAAGGUUUGCUUAAGUACUAAUCUAUAUAGCAUUUAUUCUUGUGGUCCAUAUGGAUGUUCUUUGUAGCUGCAUUGUGCAUUGUUUGUGUAGCAUAGGAUGUUUGUGUAUUCUCUGAAUCUUGUAGUACAUUGUGUCAAGAUAGUUGGGUUUCUAGAAAAAUAUAAUGUAAUAAGAUAAAAUUGAGUUUGAUUUGUCGAACUGUUAGAUUUUGUGGCAUUUUAGUGGUAUUCUUUUAGCACAGAGAAAGGCACCUUUCUUGCAUUCCUGGAGAAUGAUAGUUUUUAGCAAUAAAACUGAUACGUACUUCUUUCCUUAUUUAUUUUAUUUUUUUUAUAUUUGCCAUAAUAUAUUCACCAUUUUUUCUCAAGUUAUUUUAUAUAAUAGUACUUCUGAUUCCAUUUUUUGCAACCUUUAGUUCUACCCUCUAUCUCACUAGUGUGAUAAACUAUAACUUCCAAUUGGAAGAGCUGGACCUCUGAAUUAGCUGCUGAGUUAUCAUCCAAUUUCUGAAUAUCUGAUGGCACCGAAUCCAAGGGUUUUAAAGGCCUUCAGUGCGAUGAACAAGUUGGGCAUUGCUACAGAAAGAGUGAGACCGGUCCUUAAGAAACUUCUGUUAUUGUACGAUGAAAACUGGGAACUUAUUGAGGAAGGAAAUUAUCGUGCUCUUGCUGAUGCUAUAUUCGAUGAUGCAGAUGAUAAGCUAACAAGUGAGAAAAAUGGAGAUCCUGAACCUCCAUCUGAGAAACCUCAUGAAAGAUGGUCAAAAUUAACAUCUUCCAAGGACAAUGGCAUUAAAAAUUUAGAACUAGAAGCGGAUAAAAUCCCACAAAGUUCUAACAGAACUAGAUUACUCAAUGUUCAUCGGGCACCAGUUCAGAAUGAAGGUUUUCCUAAAAGAGAAACAAUUCGUGAUUGCAACUUUGAUAAUGUAAGCAACACUAGUAAGAAGCAGCGAAUUAAUUGCUCUCCUCAAUUUUCUCUGCCUGCUUCAAAUGUUGGUCCAGGUAUGCUUGCAUGUCCAACUGACUGGAAUAAUAAGGUCUCUUUCCCUCUCAAGUGUACUUUACAUUGCAGAAAUUUUGUGGAAAUAUAUUGGAUUGACCACUUGCCUUUUCAAAGCAGCAUGAAAAGAUGUGGAUGCUUCAUGGUUGGCAAGCAUAGGAUGUUUGUGUAUUCUCUGAAUCUUGUAGUACAUUGUGUCAAGAUAGUUGGGUUUCUAGAAAAAUAUAAUCUACUGAGUUAUCAUCCAAUUUCUGGAUAUCUGAUGGCACCGAAUCCAAGGGUUUUAAAGGCCUUCAGUGCGAUGAACAAGUUGGGCAUUGCUACAGAAAGAGUGAGACCGGUCCUUAAGAAACUUCUGUUAUUGUACGAUGAAAACUGGGAACUUAUUGAGGAAGGAAAUUAUCGUGCUCUUGCUGAUGCUAUAUUCGAUGAUGCAGAUGAUAAGCUAACAAGUGAGAAAAAUGGAGAUCCUGAACCUCCAUCUGAGAAACCACGUGAAAGAUGGUCAAAAUUAACAUCCACCAAGGACAAUGGCAUUAAAAAUUUAGAACUAGAAGCGGAUAAAAUCCCACAAAGUUCUAACAGAACUAGAUUACUCAAUGUUCAUCGGGCACCAGUUCAGAAUGAAGGUUUUCCUAAAAGAGAAACAAUUCGUGAUUGCAACUUUGAUAAUGUAAGCAACACUAGUAAGAAGCAGCGAAUUAAUUGCUCUCCUCAAUUUUCUCUGCCUGCUUCAAAUGUUGGUCCAGGUUCGGUGGAAACAUUUCUGCUUCGGGAUAAGACAAAGAAAAAUGAAGGUUCAGGUUCAGCACAUGAUUAUAGUACAAUCUUCCAAACGAUUCAUGAUAUAGCUUCAUCAACUUGUGGAAGAGUGAUAGUAUCUUUAAAAUGUCAUCGCACACUAUUGCAACAGAAUUUUCACAUUUCAAAUUUUGAUGAUGUUCUAAAAUUUAUGGAAACAAAAUAUCCGAGAUCAGACAACUGUUUUGGGCCCCAAUUUUCCCUGGUGAAGUAUUUGAAGAAAUUAUGUGAGGGUUAUGUAGAAUUCGGAGCUAUUUUGGCCGACAAAUCUCUAUCAUGCAAUUUACCUUACCAUGACAUUCGCCAAACCUCCGCCCCCAAGAGAGAUGAUCUCAGAAUAGAUUAUCCAUCAACAAAUAUGGACAAAAAGGUUGUAAACUAUUCUGGAUCAUCAGAUUCAGUUGCUCUAGUGGUUGCUCAACGACAGCCCAUGAACAAAAUUAAUGGAAAACGGGUUGCAUGUAGUAGAAUCAGCGAUAUAACAAAUGGAACUGAAAAAGUGACUAUAUCACUACUGCAUGAAAUAGGUGGCGAGGAUCUACCGAAGUUUAACUAUAUCCCAGAAAAUAUAAUCUAUCAAUCUGCAUACGUGCAUAUCUCAUUGGCUAGAAUUGCGGAUGAGGAUUGCUGCUCAAGUUGUACUGGGGACUGUCUUUCUUCCUCAGUUCCUUGUGCUUGUGCUCGUGAUACAAGAGGAGAAUUUGCUUAUACUCCAAAAGGGCUAUUAACUGAAGAAUUUUUAAGAUCUUGUAUUUCCAUGAAACUGAAACCUCAAGAGCACUAUCAAUUCUUCUGCCAGGAUUGUCCUUUGGAGAGGGCCAAGAAUGCAUAUAGUCCUGAAAAAUGCAAGGGCCAUCUAGAAAAGAAAUUCAUCAAAGAAUGCUGGAGGAAAUGUGGCUGCAACAUGAAAUGUGGAAAUCGAGUUGUUCAGCGAGGUAUAACAAGGAAAUUACAGGUUUUCGUGACCAACAAGAGUAAAGGCUGGGGUCUUCGAACACUUGAAAAGUUACCAAAAGGUGCCUUUGUUUGUGAAUAUGCCGGUGAAGUUUUGACAAACAUGGAAUUAUAUGAAAGGAAUAAUAGUAGCACUGGAAAAUACAGGCAUACAUAUCCAGUGCUACUUGAUUCAGAUUGGUGUUCAGAAAAAAUUUUGAACGAUGAAGAUGCACUAUGCUUGGAUGCAACAUACUAUGGAAAUGUCUCAAGAUUUAUAAAUCAUCGGUGCUUUGAUUCAAACUUGCUCGAGGUCCCAGUCCAGGUGGAAACUCCUGAUCGCCACUAUUAUCAUAUUGCUUUCUUCACUAAAAGAGAAGUUAAUGCUUACGAGGAGCUUACUUGGGAUUACGGGAUCGACUUCGAGGAUUAUAACCAUCCUAUUAAAGCAUUUCAGUGUAGCUGUGGAAGUGAAUACUGCAGGGACAAUGGGAAAAAAAUAGUAACCUCUACGUUCUAAAACAGUUCUUUCUGGUUUGUUCCUUUACAGAAAAUUUUCAGGAAUGAUCAAUGGAUUGAAGGGACAACUGGUAGUGGACUCACAGAGCAGAAAAUCGAUACAGCAUUACCUCAGCAUGUUGGACACAGACAACCUAAGUGGCUUGCUGCGGUUGUUAAGGAUCUAGUUGCUUUAAAUCUUCAAAUAAUUGUGGCAAUGAAAUGGAGAGAGUGAUGAAAAACCGGUUCAAAUAUAUUAAGUACAAAACUUUGCUGGUGUUUCUUUGUAACUGGAUAAUUCGUGUGGAUUGUAUUAGUUGUUUUGAGCCUUCCAAUAACUAGAGAAUGAAUUGAACAAAAAAUUUCAUAUAGCUUGUCAAAUAAAUUUGUAACCAGACUUGGUUUAUUAUUGUUUG